AGACGUCACUUCCUGCGCGCUGCCGGUUCCCCUCAUCACGAAAUGGCGGCGCCCGUGAGGGUGCGGGCGGCCCCGGGGGCGGCCCGGGAGCGGCUCCGGGCCCAGCUCCUGCCCUGCCGCGUCGGCCGCGACGGCCCCGCGCCCGUGGGAGCCUUCCUCAGGGCCCAGCCCGGCCCGGGCGGCGAGCUCUGGGCCUCGUUCCGCGGGCGCCGCCUGGGGGGCCGGGAGCUGCCCCUGCCCCCCGGCUACCGGGGGGAGCUGCUGCGGCGGGAGCCCCCCCCCGGCGACGACGAGGAGGACCCCAAGGAGCAGUGGGUGACGGUGACGGCGACGUUCGGGGCCAUCACGGAGUGGGGGGCCGAUGCCGUGCCCCCCCCCGCAGGGGGGCUGGCGCAGGCGCUGCAGUGGGGGCCCCUGGCCCAUGCGAGCCAUGCCCCAGUCCCCGAUGACAGCGAAGAGGAGGCGGAGCCUUGAGCUGCCCCGCCCACGUGUGGGCGGGGCUUAUUUUGCCCCCCCCCCCCCCCCAAUAAAGGUCCGGUAACCAG